AUGAAGUCCGGCUCACUUACUCAAGGAAUCCAUUGUUCGCAGACCAUCCCCGGCUACCGGGGGACGCAGGUUCCCCUCCAGCCGGUGCUUUUUGCAAGCAAGCCCCCUCCCAUCCCCAUACAAACAUGCAUGCAGGCAGCCCUCCCCCACUGCAUCCUUUGUCCCUCCCCCGGUGCCCAGCGCCAGAUGCACAGCCCCGGAGGCGGACGAGCGACCUCCAAGGACGGCAGCUCUUUUCGGCUCCCCCCCUGGCCGCCCGGCCGGGAUGCAGAGGCGAGCGCGGGUCCCGGCCGGCGGCCCUGCUGCUGCUGCUGCCGCGCGGAGGAAGAGGAAGGAGAGGCCGGCCCCGCUUCCCUCGCCCGCCCCUUUUGCUGCGCGCACCCCCGGCUCGAGGGGAGGGGCCAGAGCACGCCGAGGGAGGGGGCUGCUGGCCGCCCAGCCGGGACCCCCGAUUCCCAGGGGAUCCCCCGACCGGCCUGCGAGGAAAGGGACACGGCGACCCAGCCUGGCGCGUCGGAUGGAGUCGCCUUUUGUUUGAGAAGCCGGCGGCGCAGGCUUGCGGGCUCUUACAGCUACCAGCCAAGUUGGAAAGGGACUGAAAUUCCAGGAAGGAGAGAAGCCAAGAUGGGGUGUCGUCUCCUCCAAGUUGUGCUUCCUGCAGUCAUUUCAGCGCUCCUGCUUUGGGAGGGCAUUGAGUGCCGCGCUGAAGGGUACGACCUGACGGUGCCUUCUCAAGUGACUGUACAAGACGGGCUCUGCGUGGACAUCCCAUGCACAUUCAGUUAUCCUACAUCACAUGAUGACACACAGGCUGAAUUGUAUGGUUAUUGGUAUGUGGAAGGCAAGCAAGGAGGGAGGGCACGUUUAGUGGCCACUAACGAUCCAAAGGAGGAAAAACAUAUUGAUACUAAGUUUCGGAAUCGUUUCGAAGUGUCGAGGCCAAAACUGAACCGAGGAGACUGCACCCUCACCAUCCAUUACGCUGCGAAAGCCGACGAGGGUGCUUAUCACUUCAGGAUGGAAAAAGGUCACCAAAAAUACAGUUACUCUGAAAAAGCAGAACAGUCAUCCGUCAUUGUGACAGAGAGGGAAAUCAACAUAACUGUUCCGGGACCAGUGAGAGCAGGACAACGCGAAACCAUCUUCUGCAAAACCCAAAUAUGUAAUUACAGAGAGAUUCCCAAAAUUAAUUGGUUGCGCCCAUUUAACUUCUCAAGUCUGGAGAUCUCCAGCAGUGUGAAGCAUAACUAUGUUGAGGGUCGGAUGGAUUUCAUACCUAAAGCGGCAAACCAUCAGCAAAAUGUCACCUGCAGAUUCACUUAUGGAGAAGGGUUCACCUACAGGACCGCUGAGAAGACGGUCAUGCUCGACGUCCAUUAUCCCCCCAGGAUGCUACAGUUCAACAUGCAUCUUGUUCACCGUGGUGAUGGACAUAAGGAGGACCGUCAAAAUGUCUCUGAGGUUAUCGCACGAGCAGGCGACUCUCUUGUGGUACGUUGUGAGGCAGACGCCAAUCCCAAGAGCACUCAGACUUGGGGCAAAUUACAAGCCAAACAGCACUCCUCACACAUUCAUCAGCCAACAUCAAAUGAUGAACUUCAUCUUCCUAAUCUAAGGCAGGAUGACUCAGGGGAAUAUGAGUGCUGGGCCAACAAUCAAGAAGGUUCCAGUAGGGGAAUCUUGAGCAUCCGUGUAACAGGUUCAGGUACAUGGGAUUAAGCUGUGGAACCGCUCCAAUGGGGUCGAAAGAUUGUAUCUGCUACUUGAAGCACCAUCUCUUCCCCAGGAUGAUAAUGUUCUAUCACUGUCUUUUGUCAAUGAGUGAAGUCUUUUUUCUUUCAUUGGGCAUUUCCUCAACCUUGGGUCCCAAUGAGAAAGAUGAACUGUAAAUGUAAUAAGGUGACAAUAAUAAAUAAAUUACCUCCU